AUGGCUAAUCAGUGUGUCGAUAUGGUCGAGGCUUACUUGGACCAGCUUCGUGAGGAGGGCUGCAAGUUAAUUCAGUGGUCUGACGACCUCAAACAUCAGCUGCCUCCAAACUCUGUCACGCCUCCCAACUCUGGCACAUCUCCCUGCAGCAAAGGCCUUACUUCGCCUGCCGGCCACCAAAACUCCCUUUCCCCCUUUCCCAACCCUGCUGUUGGCAGUUCAAGCCCUAUGCAGGCUGACUUGUCCUUCCCUGGUGGCAGCAAUACUCCUGCUCACAGCGUCAGGAACUUUAACCAGUUUCAGCUCAACUCUCUCGACACUUCUCAACUUGCCAAGGAGUUUCCUCACUUAUCUGGUAACGGCGACGCUCACCGUCUCCUCAUGAUUCUCUACAACAACUACAGGUUCGUGUUGAAGAAGUACGAGGAGCUGAAUGAGCAGAAGCUUUCCUACAUUGAGGGUCUUCGUGAGUACCAGUACAAGCUCGACAACUCCAACUACCUCAUUCAGCUUCAGCGCAGUCAGCUUUCCAGUCUCACUAACUUGGCUCCCACUUAUUCUGACUUGGCUUCCAACAGUGGCGCUGUAGCUGCUGGCUGGCUCAACAAGGAGCAUAAUCUGCUCAACCGUGAGCGUGAGCUUCUUCGACUCAAGGAGGAGGAUCUCAAGAGCAGGGAGGAGGAGCUUUCUUCCAAGGAACAGGAUCUCAGGAGCAAGGAGGAGGAUCUCACGAGCAGGGAGUCCAACCUGGCUUCCCGUGAAGAGGCUCUAGCUGCCAAACAACUUGAAGUUAGUGGCAAGGAACAUGAGCUGUUUUCCAUGCAGGAUUCCCUGUCUUCCAUGGAACAGGAACUUACUUCUAAGCGGGAGUCUCUAGCUGAGAGGGAGUCCAACCUUGCUGCCAAGGAGGCUGAGUUGUUUCAGAGGGAGGCACUGCUUUCUAAGAACGAGGGGCUUCUUUCUGAGGGCCAGGAGCUUUUAAAGUCUAGACACGACCCCCUUAUUGCCUCUGACCUUCCUCAAGGCAACAAGCCAUCUUAUGUUCCUGGGAGGGACAAGUCUAUUUUCGUCGAGGAGCGUGGCCAAGUGGCCUUUACUGCCUCUAGGCCCAAUGCUAACCAUGGUCACACCGAUAUUUCAAAUGCUAACAGUGGUCAGACCGAUAUUUCAAAUGCUAACAGUAGUAACACCCAUACUACUGAUAAAGGUAACUUGCCAUAUACAGCGUAUUUGAUGUUGACCAUUGAUAAUGGUUUAGUAGGGGUUCAAAGCACCGCCGCUGCUGCCGCUAACACUCUUGAAGACGAGGAGUAA